AAACACCCUUCUUCAGUUCCGAUUCCCAACAUGCCUGGUGCACCACAUCCUUCAGGAUUUCAUCCUCACCUUCCAGGAUUUACGCACAAUUUCCUUGGGAAAGCGUUGGGAGCAACCAUGUGGUUCUUCAUUUUCUAUCGUGUUCGACAGGAUGGUGGUAAGCUCAUAGGUCGCCAUCCAUUUCACGACGAUGCGCACGGACACGGACACUCCGAACAUCAUUAGAGCCUUGCAGCUGUAUCAUUAUAAUCUCGUUUGCAUUAAUUAAAGUAAAUGCUGAGCGCUGAAUGGACCACCAACGGUGAGAGAAG